AUGGGCAUAAGUAUCUCUGAUAACACAUUGUUAGCACAAGAGAUAGUCAGAGGUUAUUCAAGAAAGAAUCUCUCCCCUAGGUGUGCAAUCAAAGUUGACUUGCAGAAAGCAUUUGACUCUAUCAGCUGGGAGUUCCUGUUGAAUGUCCUUGAUGCUAUGGGUCUUCCUCAAAGGGGUGCAAGAGGUGUUAGGCAAGGGGACCCUUUAUCCCCUUACCUAUUUGUAAUAGUCAUGAAAUUUCUUUCAAGCCUGCUUGAUGUUGCUGUCAGGAAUGUGUUGGGGGUUCUUAGCAUUCUGGAUAAAUUUUAUGACCUGUCUGGUCUUAAGUUAAAUGCUAUGAAAACUGAGAUUUUUACUUGUGGAAUCCCUAGGGGUGAACUGGAGCAGAUUAGAAUAGCUACGUGCUUUAGAGUUGGUCAUCUACCUGUAAGGUACCUAGGGGUACCUUUAGUGACCAGGAAAUUAUCUGGGACAGACUGUAGAGCUCUGUUGGAUAAUAUAAAAGGCAAGCUGAGGCAGCUUAUUUUGCCUAAGGGUGUCAUCCAGGACAUUGAAAGGGUGUACAUGAGAUUCUUUUGGAAAGGCAAUGACUCUCCUGCUCAUGGUGCUAGAGUCAGUUGGAGUCAUAUCUGCUCUCCCAAAUCAGAGGGUGGCUUGGGGCUUAGAAGUUUGGUUGGUUGGAACCAGGCUUGUUGUUUGAUGCUUAUUAAAAAUCUAUUGGCUGAUGAAGGCUCCUUGUGGAUUGCCUGGGUCAAGGCUUACUGCUUUAAGCAUGAAGACUACUGGAAUGUUGAAAGUAAGCCUCAUUUCAGCUGGACUCUCAGGAAAUUGAUUAAGAUGCGUGUGCAGGCUGGAAGUUUGUUUACUGCUUCUGUUAACUGGUUGCCAACAAAGGAGAGAUUAGCUCGGUUUGCUGUAGUGUCUGAUGCUCGUUGUGGUUUCUGUGAUGAUGAUUUGGAAUCGAGAAACCAUCUCUUCUCGGAUUGUCCUUACUAG